AUGAUCGAAAUGGGACAACAGGGACGUCAAGUACAUACAAAGAUCAAAUAUUUUGAUGAUCCAGGCGUACCUUUGGUGCCCAUGAUAAUUGGAGGUCCGGAACCCGGCAAGCCUCAACCCAAAGUCGAGAUCCCUACAACUAUCACCGAUAUCACUGGCAGAGAGGAUGAAUUCACGCUCGAUGUUCAAGGUUUCCACUAUGUCAAGCAUCAAAGUCGAUUAACCAACUGGGAUGAUGAUGAGGAAAUUAAGCGGGUAAACUACUCUGAGAUGGAGGAACUUUGCUACAAAGUCCUAUCCGAGACCGAGAACAUGCCCAAGCCCUGCCUGGUUCAUAUCAUGACACAUAUCAUUCGUCGUGGUCCCAAAGACGGCGAAGGCCCGAAGGGUCCGGCGCCGUUGUAUGGAGUACAUAAGAAUUGCUCAAGAAGCCCCGAUACCAGAUUAUCAACGCAAGCAAACUCUGGUCCUCGCACAAACUCCAGAUUAGCUGACAAAGGUCCGCAGAUGUGGCGACCCAUUCGCCCGAUAACUCGUGACCCUUUCGCGGUCUCGGAUGCCCGGACUAUACCAGACUCGGACUUGGUGUUUGUACCAGUACGAUUUCCGGAUCACGACACUGAAGCCGUGGAAGUUCGUCCGCCGACGGCUUCGCAGCACAAGUGGUAUUUCAAAGACCAACAACAGGUUGAUGACGUGCUGUUCUUCAAACAAGUGGACUCAAGCACGAAGCCUGGUGUUCCCAGAAGAGUGCCUCACUGUGCUUUCAAGGAUACUGACUUGCCAGAAGGCGCUGCUCUGGCACAUGAGGACAUGCACAUCUGA